AUGAACGAAAAAUACCACCGGGCGGCUCGGGACGGUUACCUGGACCUCCUGAAAGAGGCCACGCGCAAAGAUCUGAACGCACCUGAUGAAGAUGGGAUGACGCCGACGCUUUGGGCCGCGCACCACGGCAACCUGGAUGCGCUCAGACUGGUGAUGGGAAGAGGUGGAGAUCCAGAUAAAUGUGAUAUUUGGGGAAACACCCCUCUUCACCUGGCAGCAACUAACGGACAUCUCAACUGUCUGUCAUUUCUGGUGUCGUUUGGCACCAACGUGUGGUGCUUGGACAAUGAUUACCACACGCCAUUGGACAUGGCAGCCACAAGGGGUCACAUGGACUGUGUGCGGUAUCUGGACUCUAUCGCUGCCAAACAAAUCACCAUUAAUCCAAAACUGGUGAGCAAACUAAAGGACCGCGCCUUCCAUAACGCAGAGAGACGCAUUAAGAACUGUGAAAAACUUCAGCGCAAGCACCACGAGCGCAUGGAGAAGCAUUUCCUGAGAGAAUCUCUAGCGAUGGACACGUCAGAUAUGAGUUACAGCAGUUUCAGCAACACCCUGAGUCGCAAGAUCCCUCAGUUCAACAACCUCGAUUCCAAUAUGACCUACUCACAGGCAACGCUUCAGUCCACGGCUAGAGGUAGAACCAAGAUUCAACGAUGCCUUGAGAAGAAGAAACAAGGUGAAGGAACGUUCAAGAUUUCCAGAGACGGGCGAAGGAGUGUCCACUCGCUCUCUGGUCUUCAGCUGGGCAAUGACGUCAUGUUCUUGAAGCAGGGUACUUAUGUCAGCCCACGUCAACAGUCCAGUCCACGUCUCAACAUCCGUAACAUGUUCUCGGGUAAACAGGACAUCAAUACGGAUGAAGAUGACGAUGAGAUAGACACUGUUUCCCGGGCACUCAGUGACCCGGGUCUAUAUGAUGCCGCAUACUCUGAAAUUAGUAUGGACUCGGGUCGGGACUCUCUGUUCAACCGUCCGGGUCUUGGCACCAUGGUAUUCCGUCGGAAUUAUGUGACUGACGGGCUUUCCCAAAUGAGACGGUAUGAGGGCAGCGUGGUGGGCAGUGAGCCAGUGGGACGGGCCCAGAACGUCCGAUUACGAGGGAGAUUGCCGUUACGAUCACCCAGUCUAGAUGAAGUCAGCAUUGGGAGCUCGUUGAGUCUACAGGAGAGGAACUUACAGGAAUUGCCGUGGGAGGAAGGUGACCUGGGUCUGGAGGAGGAGGAUGAUGAGCUACAGCCUUCGGCUCCUCUGGAAGUGUUUCUGGUAUCUCAAGGAUUGAGCGACUUCCUCUCCAUCUUCAACCGAGAGCAGAUGGACCUGGAAGCAUUGCUGUUGUGCUCGGAGCAGGACCUCAUUAGCAUUCACAUCCCUCUCGGGCCACGCAAAAAACUAAUGGAUGCCUGCAGCAGACGCAACCGUGUGCUGGAUGAAGCUGAUGGCAUGCAGGACACUAUGCUGUGAAUGAGUGUGUGUGGCUUUGUUUCAAAACCUAGUGAGCUGCCUUGCUGUCUACUGCCUACAUAGGCAGCUACCUUCUAAAGGCUAGGAUAUAUCUUGUGGAUGGUCGAGCACUCAGCCUUUCAAAGUUUACUCUUUUUGCUCACUAUGACUGCUUUGACGUAUUCUUUUGCGACAGUCAACGCCAGGCGCAUUGCCCAACAACGUCUACAAACGCAGACUGUCCAUAAAUUAUGCAGCCUACCUUUUUGAACAGGGGCACCCUUUAUGUAAGUGGAGCACUAUGAUACCUUAAAAUGCUGCCUAUGUAGACAACUCACUAUGUUUUGGAUUAGAGUGUGCAUGAGUGAGAGCAUAUUAUUGUUCGCCCAAUCAUGUACUGAAAUGAAAAUGACUGUAAAUGACCCUGAGAAAAAGCACAGCUACGCCCUUCUGUGGCUGGGAGGAAAACUACAGCUCUUCAAACACUCAUCCCUUUCUGCAUACACUUGAGGAUAAAUAUUCUCAUGCAGAUUCAAGGUAUGAUUCACACAAACUCUGUCUAACUGAAUAGUUUUCAGCUUGAGUUUCAACACAGACAUUGCCAUCCUAGAGUGAACAAGAAACUACAACAAGGACUGUCUGUCUUGUUGAACUGAUGCUGUAUUUUUAGGUCUUGGGUGAAGUAGUGUAAUCUUUGAUUCCACUCCAACAAUUCAGACCAACAAAUGAGAGCUUGUCACAUGACAACCCAGCUAGAAAAUGUUAUGUUAUGCAUUUAAAAGAAUGUUCCGGGAAUUGACAGCAUUUGUAGCAUAAUGUUGAUUACCACAGAAAAAUAAUUUUGACCCUCAUUUAUUUAAAAAAUGAAAAAAUUGUACACUCAAAUAUUUUAACCUAUUUUUAAGAUUGCCUUUUUUAACAUUUCAUACCAUUGACUUCCAUUGUAAAUGGCUUACUGUUAAAGGGAUAGUUUACCCUAAAAUUAAAAUUCUCUUAUCGUUUACUCACCCUCAUGGCAUCCCAGAUGUGUAUGA